GGGUGUUCCCGACGCGACGCGUUGCCGCUGACGGAAGUGCAGAGAGCUUGUGUUGUUGUGCUCGGCUUGUGUCAUGUACGGAGGUCUGUGAGAUGAGCGGUGACAUCGUGUCAUGACAUCCGCGCGCAUUAUGGCAGCUCUUUCGGGUCAGAACGAUGAUCCCGCCGAACCGGACCAGUCCCUGCAGCACAUGCUGAAGGCCAUCGCGGACGAGCGGAACCGCCUGAGCAUCAGGCAGGACAUCAGCGGACUGGGGUGUUUCAAGGAUGACCGCAUAGUGUUCUGGACAUGGAUGUUCUCCACAUACUUCAUGGAGAAAUGGGCACCACGCCAGGAUGAUAUGCUUUUCUACGUGCGCCGCAAGCUUUCUUACGUCAGUGCAGAUAACACAGAAGGGAAGAAGGUGGAAGUCGAGGUUUACAGAAGAGACUCUAAAAAGCUGCCUGGACUUGGUGACCCUGACAUUGACUGGGAGGAGAGCGUCUAUCUCAAUCUCAUCCUGCAGAAACUGGACUAUGUGGUCACAUGUGCAGUUUGCACACGCUCAGAUGCAGGAGACAUCCACAUCCACAAAAAGAAAUCCCAGCAAGUGUUUGCCUCUCCAAGUAAACACCCAAUGGACAGCAAAGGGGAGGAGUCAAAAAUGAGCUACCCCAACAUCUUCUUUAUGAUCGACAACUUUGAGGAGGUGUUCAGCGAUAUGACUGUUGGAGAAGGAGAGAUGGUAUGUGUGGAGCUGGUGGCAAGUGACAAAAGUAACACAUUCCAGGGCGUCAUCUUCCAGGGCUCCAUCCGCUACGAGGCCCUAAAGAAGGUCUAUGAUAACCGGGUCAGUGUGGCAGCUAAGAUGGCCCAGCGGAUGUCGUUCGGCUUCUAUAAGUACAACAACAUGGAGUUUGUGCGGAUGAAGGGUCCUCAGGGCAAAGGUCAUGCUGAGAUGGCUGUGAGUCGAGUGCCCACUGGAGACACCUCACCCUGCGGCACCGAAGAGGACCAAGACUCGCCUCUUCACGAGAGGGUAACAUCGUUCAGCACUCCUCCGACCCCGGAAAAAAACAGACCCUCGUUCUUCUCACCGUCACUCCGCCGGAAAGUGCCCAGAAACCGAAUCGCUGAGAUGAAGAAGUCACACUCAGCAAAUGACAGCGAGGAGUUUUUCAGAGAAGAGGAUGAUGAAGACUUGUGCAACGCCACAAAUUUGCGCUCCCGUUCUCUGUCAGGAACAGGCCGCUCCCUGGUCGGUUCUUGGCUCAAGCUGAACAGAAAAGAGGAGUAUUUUCUGUUAUAUUCCCACCUCACCUACGUGACUCUUCCUUUGCAUCGCAUCACCACAGAUAUUCUGGAGGUGAGACAAAAGCCCAUUUUGAUGACGUAACAUUUACUGAUCUCCAAAAUCCAUUUUACCAAGUGCCUCCUCACAUCAGGCCCCUAAGGAACCGCCGCGUGGCGUACGGACAGAAAACCAAAAACAAUACGCAACGGUGAACAAGAAGAGGAAAAGGGAAACAAGCUCCAUCAAGAAGUGCCUCUUCCACAUGUUCUUCGGAGAGAAUGGCUGGAGACCUGACACUAAAGUGGCACUAGACUGUGACGAUAAAGGGAAAUGUUUAUUGGGAGAUGAAACCUGAUAAACGAAUGUUGUUCUUGUAAAUACACUGCUGCUUAGAUACUCAGUGAACCGUACCGACCACAGCCGUCUCCCUUUGACCCUCCUUCAAGAGACACUCGUAGGUUUCACAAUAUUACUGAUUUUGUGUGUAGUAUAUUUUCCAAAGGACAUUUCCUCGCAGCUCUAGGCCUUAAUAUUUCGCUAACCAGCUAAUCUGUAUCAAAUGUCAUCCUUUUAAUAGCUCAUCGCUGAGUGAAUCGCAGACGUCCAAAUGUUCUCCCGUACUCACACGACUCUCUGUUACUUGAUACGUUCGAGAGCAUUUCUGAUUUCCACAUACUCGUGAACGCGACGUAUCUCCUGAGAAGACUCUGACGCAUGUUUCAUAGGCCGUUUCCGGUAGAUGGAUGACGACACCACCUGAGAGCACAGUUCUGGGAACCGUUUCCGUCCACAAAGACACUUGAACGUGACACUAGAUCACAUGAUCCCACCCAGCAGACGUUUUUUUUUUUUUUGGUUCUACGCUGCGUUUUUUUCAAGUUUGGUGACUGUCGUCUUUGAGUUUCAGUUUUGAGAACUUGCACUAAAGGGCUUUUGGAGUUGAACACGUAUCGCCAACCCAAAGUGUCAGUAUUAUUUUGUUUUGUACGUGUGUGUCAGCUGAAUGUAAUAACUGAUCCGACAGCUUUAAUAUCUAUUUGAUAUUUGAUAGGCAGAUCUGCCAGCAGCAUUUGAAGAUGCUCGAACUAUUUUAAGUCUUCGGUUUGAUUUAACUCUUUGCUUUAGGUGCAAAGCUUCAGUGGAAGGCUGUUUUUAAGGAAGUCCCAGUUUGUUAAACGCUUUACAUGGGCUUUUGUAUCAAGUGGUAAUUUAGCAGUAAAUGUGCAUGGUGUCGUAUUUAUGUUGUAAUAUAUACACCUUUUCUGUACAUCUUUAUGAAAAUACACAUUAUAAAAAAAAAAAAAAUUGUUUAUUUCCUUAUUACUAAAAAAGUGGGAUAUCACACAAAUUAUUGGGUGAUUGGAAAAAAAUUAUAAUUAUUAUUAUUUAGUUCAAGUCACUGUAGUGUUGGUUUUUCAUUUAAUUCAAUAACUCUGUAAAUUCAGUAUAAUUUAUACCUAAGUACAUUUAUACACAAUUUUGGGUAAAAAUAAUUUAUUAACAUGCCAAAAAAAACCUAAAAUGACUGAAUUACACUGAAUUGGUGGGCUAGUUCUUUUUAAAUUAUUUUAAUUCAUUUGAAUAUCUAUAAAAAAUGAUACGUAAUUGCUUAGUUUGCCAAACCAAACCUACCAAAUAAUAUAAGCAAUCCACAUUAAAAGAACAGAAAACUUACAAAACUUUUAUAUUUAAUAGUAUUCAUGAAAACAUAUGAGAAACGUAAUUAUGCAUGUUUGGUCUCACUUUUCUUAGCAUUUACUGUUUUGUUGAGAAUGUGCUUCAAAAUAGUGAGUCAUUUUGUGAAGCGGUUGGUUCCAGUGUCAUUUUUCCCAUCAGUAUCUUCCACCGUUAAAAGUUCAUUUUCCUGCAUUUGAUCUAGAUUUUUUUUAUUCAAGCUUCUAAUAUGGAACGUGUUUCCAGUUCUAACAGCAAAAAACACAAGGGGGCAGCACUUCAAUAGAAUCUUUUUUAUGAAAAUCAUUAACUGUUUUGAUGAAUACAGUUCCCUCAGUGGAAGGGAUGCUUAACCUUUAGAAUAUAUAUAUAUUAUAUUGUUCACCCGUUAAAUACAUAAAACCAAUGGUCCAUUAGACCAAAUAAACAAGUACUUAUAUUAAUUGUCCUACUCAUUAAACCUUAUUACUCACAUUUGAGUCAAAAUGGCAUAAUGUAACAGGGAUAAAGAUGGCUAGUUCAUCCAAAAACAAAAACUCUCGAUGUAAUGCAAAAUAUAUUUCUUAUAUAUACCCAUUUCAUGAGAAAUAUAUUAUAAUAUAUAUUAGCACUAGUAGUCACAUUUGUGACUAAACGUUGGUUUGUAGAUCCAUACUUCGAACUACAAUGCUGUUACUAAAACAAACAAAAAAAAAAAAAGGUACGAAAUACAACAGACUGUCAAUUAUAACACUAUUUUUAAUCUUUAAAAUUCAAUAAGUAGGAUAACCAUUUGUACAAAACAAAAAGUGAUUUACAUCAUGCGUGUGCUGCAAAUGAAACCAAUCGCAUCAGGUUCUUUUGAUUUAUUCACCAGUAAAUGAAUGCAAGGUAGAUCUAGUGCUGCUCAACACUUAAAACACAUACCUCAUCAUGUAAGGCAGUAAAAAGGCCACUUACAGGGGAAAGAAUAAUAAUAAAAAAAACUUCCAGAGAUAACUUUCAGAACAGAUUGCCAUAAAGCAUUCGUUUUUACACCUCAGCGGGUCUGUGGUUAACAUACAUCGUAUCAUUCAAUGUACAGAACACAACAUCCACACAUGCCAUAAUCCAAAAUAAAUACCAUCACAGAAAGUACUGAGAGAAAAAAAUGAGCUGUGUGUGUAUAUAAAAAAAAAUAACCAAGUCUAUCUGAUCACUUAUUUCUCGAACAGUACUUUUAAUUAGAGCAGAGGAAAUUUUCGGAUUUUGGGGAAAAAAAAAAAAAAAAAUUAUAUUUCAAGAUCUUCGAUGUAAUACUGACCUC